CGGGAGGUGGACGGAACCGCGGAGGAGCCGGAUGCUCCCGGCAUCCUCCGGGUGAGGAACAUGGCGCGGGGCUGGAGGUGCUGUUGAAACCUGGGGAUUCAUUGUCAGAGCUGGGCUGGAGCCCGUCGGAUAAUAAUGCGAGUGUGAAAUGUUUUCUGCUACUGCUAGUUUGUGGAUGCUCUCUCUGUGUGUGAGGAGUUCCGCGGCCACAGUUUUCACAUACACAGACAUGUCUUUAGGACUCCCAGUCGCUGAGUGUUUGUGCAUCGGCUGUUAGACCUGGCCUAAAGGAAAUGGCGGACUCGCAGCACCGCCCACCCACAAGCUGUCUUGCUCGCAGCCACUCUCACGGCACAGAGAAGAGCACGCCAAGGAGCUCCUCUGCACCGGUUCCCCUUGGCUCAGAUAAUGCUGAAGGCGUGCGAGGAAGCGGCCGUCUAUGUCGAUGCCGGGAUCGAUGGAUUGAUUGUGGAAAAUAUGCACGAUAUUCCAUACACUUCAACUGUUGGUCCAGAAGUGACUGCUGUCAUGGCGACUAUAUGUGCUGCUGUGAGACAGUCUCAUCCCAGAAUUCCUCUGGGGGUUCAGAUUCUUUCUGCAGCCAAUCAACAAGCAUUGGCAGUCGCGCUUGCAGCAGAUGCUGAUUUUAUUCGAGUGGAAGGAUUUGUAUUCUCACAAGUUUCAGAUGAAGGAUUUCUGGAUGCAUGUGCUGGUGACCUUCUCAGAUAUCGCAGACAAAUAGGAGCCGAGAAUGUUCAAAUCUUCACUGACAUCAAGAAAAAGCACAGCUCGCAUGCCAUGACAUCAGAUAUCAGUGUAUCAGAGACAGGCAGGGCUGCAGAAUUCUUCCUCUCUGACGGUGUCAUACUAACUGGAGUAGCCACUGGGAUGGAGGCAAAUCCUGCAGAACUGAAAGAGGUUAAACAGGCUUUAAAAAUUCCUGUCCUCAUCGGCUCUGGUGUGACCUAUGAAAACAUGGAGCAGUACAUGGAUGCUGAUGCCCUCAUUGUUGGUUCACAUUUUAAAAGAGCAGGAUACUGGGCCAACGAACUUGACCCCGAACGGAUUAAGAAAUUUAUGACAAAAAUGCAUCAGCUGAGGAAAUGAAAUGUAAGAUAAAAAUGAAACUGCAAGAUAGAUCUACAGCUGUUUAUUGAAAGAAACUUGUACAUCAAGCAAACUAAUUUUGUUGCACACACAUUCACUAUUCUUUGAUUUUAUUUCAUCCUUUUCUGUUUUCAUGUUGUGCAUUUUUAUGGUCUGUAUUAAUUUUAAUGUAUUUAACUCCAUUUUCAGUCACA